ACCAGAGGUUCUAAAGCCCCUAGGCCGUGAGCGCACGUGGGUGACGUUAGGGCCGGCCCUCUCCGGGGUCCCUUUUGUUGAACUAUCAAACAUAAGCCAGCUCCCGAGGGCUUUAGGAACAGUGUUAAGACCACUGUGCGCUGCGCAAGUCCUUGGAGCAUCGCCACCAGUGUGGUAUCACUGACACAAUCAGCAUCGCAGACAGAAGCAAUCAUGUCGAGGUCUUUCUACGUAGACUCUUUGAUUAUCAAGGAUCCCGCUCGCCCGGCUCUAAGCGAGCACACGGGACAAGACUUUCUCAUCCCCAUUGGCAUGCACUCUCCUGGAGUGAUGAGCAUCACUGCGACCGUUUGCCCGUCCCGGAAGACCGGGACCUUCUGUGUCUGUCCGCUGUGCGUAACCUCGCAUAUCCACUCUCCCCGCGGCGGAAUCCCACUGCUGAAGGGACAGGGCUUCUCCGCCAGUGACGCGGCUUUCUGUCACAGGGUAGCACACCAACAGAGCCCCGCGUUAGCGCACCCGGGACACGGACACGCGCCUGUCUGCACGCCCACAAGCUACAGCGUCACUGACCCUCGGAGGUAUCACUGUCUGUCUAUAGGUGCAUCUGACAACAGCCACAUACAGAACGGCAAACGGAUGCGCACUGCCUUCACCAGCACUCAGCUGCUUGAAUUGGAGCGCGAAUUCUCAUCUAACAUGUACCUCUCCCGCUUACGCAGGAUAGAAAUAGCCACUUAUUUAAAUCUAUCAGAGAAACAGGUGAAAAUAUGGUUCCAAAACCGCCGAGUUAAACACAAAAAAGAAGGCAAAGGUACGCAAAGGAGCGCGCAAGCAGGAUGCAAAUGCUCAGGGAGCCACUCACAUUAUCCGCGCUCAGAAGACGAAGAAUCUCUGUCACCUGUGUCAGCAACAGAGGAGAAGGAGACUUCACCUAUCUAGGGGCGCCUGGAACAUCAUAGACUUAAGUUUGGUAACCUGCAUGGUACAUUUAAACUUACGGAUCCGUUAAAACGACUGAAUUUAUUGGAGACCGUCUUCCAUAUUUCCAUAACCCGAAGGGUUAAUUCCUCCCUCUUUCCUCUCAAAUAUUGUUUCACCCUGACACUCAAGUCAGUUAUUUGUCUUAUCUGUACAACAAAAUGUGAAAUAAUAGUUCAGUGAUGCAAAUAAAUAACGUUUUUACAGUUUAAGUUCAAACGUUUUUGAAACGACCACGGAUAAUCCAUGCUGUCAUCCCUGUUCUUUGAAAAAUACAUUUGGAUAUAUAGAAAAGAUAAAACAUUCCCUGUGUGAUAUUGUAAAUAUACAGACUGUUAAUCCAACCUGUCCUAGACUACUGAGAAACUGAUUUUUUUUUUCACCUGAAUUUUAUUAAAGAAAAUGUGUAUAUUUGUAUUUAUUUAAAUAAAAUUACUUCUGUAACUACA